CACAACCCAUCCUCACAUCGUCCAUCAUCCGACAAGAUGUGGCCCACAUGACACUUGAUCGUCUCGUAAUAUCUCCUAUCUGCCGCAUCGAAAAAGCUACGCGAGGGGAGUAUACGGAGCUGAAGAAGUCCAAAAGGUUACAUCAACAUGCCACCUAAAGUUAGGAGUAGCACUGGGGGCGGCGGAGCCAAAGCUCGCAGGUCUUCCUCGAGCAAUGCGUUUGCAGCCAAGGGAAAGCCGAAGCGUGCAGCUACGGCCUCCAGCAUCUGCUCCGCAGCGGUAGGCAGCGGUAACAUUAACAAGAAGGACGGUGGCGCAGCACGGCCCAGCUUAGGCGUUGCCGCACUCUCAGAAGGUGGUACCUCGCGUACAAGCAGCAACAGUACCAAACGCUCUCCGAGCGCUGCAGAUUUGCGCGCCAGCGUCGGAAAUUGUGACAGCGUAAGAGAGUACUCGAAAGAGGAGCUAGACAUCAUCAAAGAUAGGCCCGACUUGGACGUGAAGGACCCGGCGUGGGAUGCAUAUUGGGAUGCGACGCAGGAAAAGAUGGGCUUGCCGAAGAUUCAGCCGAUCCACACAGAAGGUCAGAAUCGCAUUCAUCACAUGCUAAGGACGUUUGAUCUGGAUCCUGCCUACGGCCCCGCGAUUGGCAUGACACGCUUGCAGCGAUGGCACCGCGCCAAAGCGCUCGGAGACGACCCGCCCGAGGAAGUGCGUGCGAUCCUCGAGACCAAGCAGGGGAUGCUCGAACUUGGCGACCAUGUCUUUGUUGGGACCGGAAUCUGAGAGCUCGUGCAAUAAACCGGCUGAAAAGGAACAUGAAUCCAAGCACAAGGCUCCUUGAUUCCAGCGUCCUCCUCCUUCGCUCUUUCUGUUGCAAGUCGUCAGCGGAAUGGGGUGCAUAUGUCGCCGACACCCAACGUCUCAGGCGCCUCGCUGUUGUACUUGUACUACGAGCUUUAUUUCUUUCAGCACACUGCAUCCGGGAUCGUGCCUCCUUGCCGACAACGUACAUGUGUAGAUCAAGCACGACCAAUACACCUAGUGCGCCCUUCUCAUCGCCCAGGUUCUUGCAUCUUCCCUUUCG